AUGGAAUAUAAUAAUACAAACAUGAGUGGUGGCCAACAGAUAUAUGUCUCACAAUCUCAAGAGCCACCGAGGGUGUCUGGAUGUAAUCCUCAACACCUUACAAAUACUUUCCCAGGAGCUGAUUGCAAUUCACCUAACAGGAAUUACGGACCUUAUUCACAGGCUUAUCAAACUCAUGAGUACAGUGGACCACAUACUUCUCAUAUUGCUGGACCACAAGGGGUUUAUCAACAAACAUACCCUGGUGAAGUUCAUGGUCAAAGCUUAACACUCAACCAGUUGUUACAACAAAAUAGUUCUUCAGGUACAUAUCAAGUCCGCGCUAUGAACAACACACAGCCAGUUUAUCGGAGCUAUGAUCCUUAUUCUUAUACAUAUAAGCCCGGUGCACCGUCGUGCGUGUCACAAGAUCGAUCUCAGGCAAACACAUAUUCCUAUUCCGGAGCUCAACGGUUCUCAGAUCCAUAUACUCGAUCGUAUCUUCCAUACCCACCUGGUCCAAAUUAUCCAUAUUACCCACAUUCGCAGCCUUUAGUACAAAGGGUUCGCGCACCUCAACCCCCUAACUUGGAAUAUCCAACCGUAAACUCUUGCAACCAGUCAAGACCACCCCAACCUACACCACCUGGAGGAGGAGGUGCUACAAAUCAAAUUGAGCGUCCACCGUCAAGAAAUAUCAACUAUAUCAAUAGUUCAUCACAUGCGGCAUUCCAGAACACACAGAUUUCCUCCCCAGUUUACUCUAGUGGGUCUCAAAUGUCAUCCUGGUCACCACAUACUGCUACUUUCGGAUCUCCACAGCAUGUUCAGUCUCAACCAAGACCUCGUAGUUUAUCAAGAGAUUAUCAACUUAAAAUAAAUGAUGGGUCUUCUGAAUCUCCCAACACUAACAAUAAUAGUUCUGCAAGACCUAACAGUCAAAAUGAGGGCACACCUAAUACCUUCGAAGAUACAGGGUGUCGUCCUCAGUCAAGAAUAAGUGAAUCUGGAAUAUCAUCGAAUCCUAAAAGUGUAACAUCAUGUGCUAAAGAUCAACUUGAUAGUCAAAACACCAUAUCGUCUGUUGAGACACAUGUGCCAAAUUCAAUUAUUGAUGGAACACAACAACCUCAAGUGUCUACACCAUCCAGUUCCAUUGCAAACAUAUCUGUCAGUCCGAUAUCUGCAGUAUCAAGAGAAACAUCUCCCACGCAAAGUUAUCCAUCCUUUGUACAAUCUUCUGUACCGUCAUCUUCCCCUAUGGUUUCAUCACAAAUGGGAAAUAUUCAGGUUCAACCGGCUACAUGCCCAAGUCCUGGCCAGUCUAAAGGAUCACACCAAAUCAAUCAAGCCACAGUACCAUCACCUCGCCCAUACGGAAUGGUAAACCAGGAAUUGGGCGGUGGCAUUCCACGAAUGACUUAUCCGUCAUAUCCUCAUCCCCAAGCUCCUCUUCCCAAUAGUCCUUACUCAACUAGUGGUCGUUCACCUGGUUUUUCUCCAACUGCUUAUCCUUUACGCUCUCCAUCAAUGCAUCCAUCUAACUGUAUGCCUAAUAGAGCACAAUUUCAACCACAAUCUUCUAGUGGACCUACCAGUUCAAUGCCUCCACCCCCAACAUUGCCACAGUCAUCUUUAUCAUCUAACCAAUCAUCAGUUUGUGACAAUAAUGGACCUUCUCAAUCAACAUUCACACAGGUCCCACCAUAUCCAAUACCAGUUUCGUCCACAGGUAGCGCGUAUGGUGCUUCAUCGAGUCAAGCUCAUGGUUCUCAUCCAUCUUGGGAUCAAGAAAUCUCUUAUCAAUCACCACAACCACCACAUCCUGGCGGUAUGUUUCAUCAUCAAUUUGUUAACCGUCCACCUUAUCUUGGAUCCUCAACAGACCGAGGAGUUGGUGUUAGCGGUGGCGGCGGCUAUCCGCCUCCAUCGAUUCCUGUCUCUAAUGCUUCAAAUUUGAUACAACAUAAUGGACAACAUGCACAACCUUCAGCCACUGGACCAUAUCCUAAUAAUCAAUCUCUGUCAUAUUCAAAUCAUCAUGGCCAAUAUCCGUGUUCCCAGUCUCAAAUGCCGUAUCCUCAUCCUCAAUCACAGUACAUCCAUCCUUAUCCACAUGGUGGACCAACUGGAGGUGGUCCUCCUAUUUUGCAGCAACAACCACAACAUCCUCAGCACAUGGUACCACCACCUACAAGCAAUACUACUGCAUCUCCUUAUCCUUCGUCAAUCCUUAAUAGUAAUAAUAAUAAUAAUAAUAGUAGUGCAUCACCAUUGUCUCAGCAUAUGCAAAAUUCUAGAGAGGGAUUUCAUGUACAUUAUCCUCAUGAUGUACAACAUCCUGCAGUGUCUUCUUCGUCGAAUGAGAAUAUUGUCACAUCAGGUGGUUUUCCUACAAACAGUGGUGGUGUUGGAUCACCUGGAAUUAUUCGACCAUCAUCUGUGAUGAAUAAUAAUGGUGUUUCUAAACCUAAUCUUAUUGCUGGAGGAAAAAUGGGCAAACUUGAUUCAUCAACUCGUCCGGUUAAUCCUGGCUGUCCUACUUCGAUUCCACCAUCUCAAAUUAAUGUUAAUCAAGCUGGUAUGACACCUAGUGAACUUAACUCUGUACAUGUUCCACAACAAUACCAACAUCGCUUAGGUUCACAGUCCAAUAAUCCUCAACUUCAGCAAUUUUCAGGAUUAGGAAAUUAUCCUCCGGGAUUAGGACCUAGUCCACUUGGAUCUCAAAGUGGUAAUACUCUGAAUAAUGUCGGUAGUGACAUUUUACAAAGUUUCACUCCAUUUCAGGGCUAUCAGCAACAGUAUCAUUCACCUUCGAACUCACAGAUUCCACUACAACAAUCACAAAAUACUGCCAAUUCUGCCAAUAAUCAAAAUUCAUUGUAUUCUACUGAUGGAACACACUCAGAUGUUGGAUCAAAUCAACUUUUGAAUAAUAUAUCUAGUCAAAGUCUUAGUGGUUUUCAUAAACUUAUUGAAAUGGGAACAGAACCUGAACGGCGUCCGUGGCUUGAACAUUAUAUACGUUUUAUGGACGGUAUUGGAAAACCUGUUGCUGGUCUUCCACAAGUGGUCAAACAACCACUGGAUCUUUAUCGACUAUAUGUAGCUGUUCGAGAGCGUGGUGGUGUAGCAGAAGUAAUAAAAGGUCGAAGAUGGAAAGAAAUAAGUCAAGUAAUUAAUAUCAGUGCAUCUGCUUCAGCAGCUUAUGCUUUACGCAAAAACUAUUGUAAAUUCUUGCUCGAGUAUGAAUGUCGUUUCGAUCGCGGUGGUAUUGAUCCUCGUCCACUACUUGCUCAUAUCGAAAAUUUGUCAGGAAAAAAGAAGAAGUGUUCUUCAGUUGAUAGUGAUCCCAAUAGUAUUUCUAGUGGUUUAGCUCCUGCUCCCCCAUCACCAACUGGAAGUCAUUCUUCUGCAUCAUCCAGCCUUUUACCUCCCGGUAGCAGUGGGGCUUCACUGUCUGGUGGACCAAGUGGAACUGCUGGAAGUGCAGCAAGCGAUAGUCAACUUGGACCUCCUUCAUCUCAACAACAACGUUUCAGUGAUCAGGGUCAACCAGGAAGUGUUUCUACUGUCCCAGAAAGCCCCAGUGCUAUCCCAAGCAUGCCUAGUCCACCUGGAUUGUCAGGACAAAGUAAUACUUCGUACCUACCACCAUCUUCAGGUCCCACUCCUAAUGUUGCUUCACCACAACGUCCUUCUUCAUGUGCUGUAAUUAGUGGCUAUCCGAGUACAUCUCUGUCUUCAGAUAGUAAUUGUUGUCCAUGGCCAUGGACUUCUGAAAAUAAGAACUCUGACUCUAUCAAUUAUCGACAACUACCGUCAGCAUCAGAAACAACAACAGGACAAGGUCUUAUAUUAACGAAUCGUGAAACUACCUCAUCGCAAUAUGCUCAAAGUCGUAUAGGAUCUGGGAAUCUACCACCUAAUAACAAUAUCCCACCUUCAUCAACGGUGUACGUUGGUAUGCCUUAUUCUACCUGUGCGUCAGGUUCUAUGGCGAAUGGGGAACCUAUGACACAACAUAAUUUCAAUCCAUAUUUGACUCAAGGUCCUCCGUUUGCUUCAAAUCCAUUGCAUCCUAUGCUCAACCAGCAUCACGGUCCUCCACAAACUAUGGAACACUCAUUUACAGGAGCUCAAUCUCCAAUCCAUCCACGUCAUCCGAGCAAUCAUAAUUUCCGUACACCGUCUUUCAAUUCGGUUACUCCACCGAGUGGUGUUAGUGGGGAAUCGAUUGCAUUGUUUCGUAUGCAUCAAAUACGUCCUGGGGCUCCCCAAAUGGCCCCAUAUAUUCCCGGUGGUACUACUACUUCACUAUGUACAAGUACUACUAAUAAUAAUAGUAUCAACAAUAAUGGCAGCUUGGAUCAUGCCUCUCCUAUGCCACCUCAUUUUAUUCAUCAUCACCAUCAUAAUCAACGACCAGGUUACGUUACCACCAUUCUCAAACGCUUGGAUCAUUGUGCUUUUCCUCCAGGUAGUAUUGAAGCUACACCUGUUGAUUCACCCCGACGUCGACGAUAUCGGGCAAAAGAUUUAGGUUCUAUUGCACCAUUCAAAUUAUUGAUGGCUCUUCGAUCAGGAUUAACAGCUGAAGUUUCUUGGGCAUUAAACUGUUUAAAUAUUUUAUUAAGAGAUGAAAAUGGAAUAGAUUUUAUUGUUCCGAGUGCAUUACCUGGAUUGCUUACCAGUUUAGUCGAUCUAUGGCGUCAUACAUUAGGUGAAUUAUUUGAUCAUAAGUUAUUUAUUACCAGUUUGGAACUACCUACUGACUUAUCCUUCAUAUCUUCGUUGUCAUCGUGCACGGAGGCAAAACAGAAUUUAAUGCUGAAAAGUACACCUCAUCAUAACUAUUCACUUAACUUCAAUACUGUCAAUAUGACAUGUGUUGAUGUUAUGAAAAGUAAAUCAUAUCUUACUGAUUCAUCUUAUAAUCAUAAUAGUAAUAACGAUAAUAGUUUAAUUCGAUUAGAACGUGAAAUAAGUCGAAUUGCUGCUAGUAAAAAUGUACCAUUGUCUGCUGUACGUGCUGGUUUACGUCGCCUGCUGAAUAAAUGUAAUGAUUCGAAAUCUAUUAAUACGCCUGUUCGUUUACGUAAUGGUUUAAUGUUACGAUUGGAAAAUUUAUCUAAUUUAAUACCAGUCAAUUCAUUGACAACCACAUCCACAUCAACAACUUGCAAUUCUUCACAUCGAUUUAUUGACACAAAUGCAAAUUCUAUAGGACCAUCUGCAAGUUAUCAUCGAUCUAGGAAACGCGGUAAACAAAUAUCUGCUUCGAUGUGCACGUCAUCGUCAACACCAUCACAUUUUAUUCCAACAUCUGUUAGUAGUCAUAUAACAACUAAUGAACAACAACAUAUGUACACACUUCCUAAUAUAAACAUUUCAACAGCUAAUCUAGUUAAAUCUGAUUACAACAACAGCGGGAAUGUUAGUGGUUGUGGUGGCAGUAAAAUGAUCUGGUCAUCUCCACAUGUAACAUCUGUUGUAGAUAGUUUGCGAACACCAGAAGCUUGUUCAAACUUAAGAGAUUUAGCGCUUUAUGUAAUUGACACUUUGCUUGAAUCAUCAACUGGUAAUGAUGAUAAUCGUGGAUCAUUAUUUAAAAUGGGUAGUAAUGAUGUUAAAAUUGGCAAUGAUGAUCAUCAGUCAAAUCUGGUGAAAUCAUCAUCGUGUUUGGUAAAAUCUUCUGGUAUGCUGUUACGACAAUUAAUUGAGAAAGGUGGUGGUGAUACGACAUGUCAUAUUAUGCCACCAUUCGGUGCUUAUGCAUUUCAAAGUUCACAUUGGAUGAAUAAUCAAGAGAAUAAUAAUGCAUUGUAUUCUGAUAAUGAUUAUUUGCCUAAAUUAACAGAAUGUUCCACAGCGUCAUCUCCAGUAUCAAAAGUAGUAAUUAGUGGACUAUCUUCUUUGUCCUGUUCUUCUUCAUUAAUAAAACAAUCUGUUUCAAGUAAUGAGUUAAAUAGUGAAUUGAUGAUUAAAAGUAAUGAAUCUGAAGAUGAUGAGGAUGAGGAUAGUGAACAGUCACCGUCUAAUAAACGUAUACGUCAUUCAUCUUCUUCAUCUCUUCCUUGUCCUACAUUAUCACCUCAACCUGUAUGUGAUAUAUCAGACGAUAUUGACAAUAACAAUAAACUCUUAGAAUCAAAUAAUGUAACUAGUGAUAAUUGUGUUGCAACUGGUUCUAUUUGUGAUAAUGAUGAUGAGUUAGAAUUUUCUCAAUUAAUUGAUGAAAAUGGUCGUUGUCCACUUCGUGCUCGUGAAGAAUUAGUUCAUCAUGGUUCUGUAUGUCUAUGGCCAAAUCAUAAUGAAGCUAAUAGUUAUGAAGCUCGUGCUGUUCGUUGUUUAUGUGUUUCAACUGUUCUACGUAAUCUUUCAUUUAUGAAUACAGUUGAACGUCAAUUAAGCAAACAAAAAGGUGUUUUGGCUUUAAUUGGACGACUUAUAUUAUUUGGACAUGAACAUGUUGGUGAAAAGGAUACAUGGAAGGUUGUAGAAGAAAAGCUCAUGCAUUAG